CCCCUGGCACGUGACGGCGGGUGGUCACGUGAGGGGCGCGCAGAUGGCGGCGGCGCCGCUGCGGUGAGGGCAGCCGGCAUGGAGGUGUUCAUCCCGUCCUUCCGAUACGAGGAGAGCGAGCUGGAGCGGGGAUACACGGUCUUUAAAAUAGAAGUGCUGAUGAAUGGAAGGAAACAUUUUGUAGAGAAGAGGUAUAGUGAAUUCCACGCACUUCAUAAAAAGCUCAAGAAGUUCAUAAGAACACCAGAGAUCCCUUCAAAGCAUGUGAGAAACUGGGUCCCCAAGGUCCUGGAGCAGCGACGACAAGGCUUGGAGUUGUACUUGCAGACAGUCAUUUUAGAAAAUGAAGAGCUCCCUAAGAUAUUUCUCGAUUUUCUGAAUGUUCGUCAUGUACCUACCUUGCCAAAAGCAGAAAGCUGUGGCUCUUUUGAUGAAACAGAAUCUGAAGAAUCAAGCAAACUGUCCCACCAGCCUGUGCUGCUGUUCCUAAGGGAUCCAUAUGUCUUGCCUAAAGCCAACGAUGACUUUCCGAACGUAGUUAUAGACGGCAUUCUACAUGGAAUAUUUUAUCCUCAUUUACUGCCCAGGUAGAAGUAAUACAAGGCAAGAAGAAGCUGAAGCAAGUCUCUGACUCAUGGUUAAUAUAAUUAACAGGAAUAAAAUUCUGUGAUGUGAAAAUUAUGCUCAGAAGCAAGAGGCACAACCUCAGAUUAAGUUCAAGCAUUAUGUCUUUUUAAAUAAAAUCACUGUCAUUACAAUUGCUGCUUUAAAAAAAAUAUAUGGAAACUACAGUAUUGAAGUUAUUUAUACCUUCUAUAUAUUAACAUGCUGUAUUUAACACUAAAUGUUCUAAGUCAUACACUGAAUUAUGCUAACCUUUGAAGAGAAAAAUUUUACUAAUUAUUUCUAUAAUUUCCAUUAAAGCAAACACUAAAUCAUUUUGCACCAGAAUUUUUCCCAGCACAUUAUCCAUUGCUGGCACUGGAUGGAUUAAAAGUGCUGAAGAGAGAAUAUGCAGAAUUGGAAACAUUCUGAAACACAGUACUCUCUGAGGAAACUUUCUAGAUUUCAGUUGAAAUUAUUUUACUUACCAGGAGCUUUUAUGUGGCUUUUGCACAUCUCCAUUCAAUUAUGACAUCUAACCUGUGUGUUUGUUUACUCUCCACAUCAAUUUUCUGACUGUAUUCCAUGUAUUAACAAUUUGUAAGUCACAGAACAUACAACUCUGUGGUAUACUAAAGCAAGAAUAUUAUUAAGAUAAUGAUCAAACUAAAACUGAUACAUAAAUAUGUAUGUUCAGAUUUAACUGGAAACUUGUAUGUGUGCUACUGGAUAUUACAAAAUAAAUUACUAGGACAUGAAUGUACCACUUCA